GUUAUAAUGAAGAUCCGAAAACUUACUCUGCUUCUGGUAAAACAAUCAUUACAAGUUUACCACUACGAAUCAUAAGCCCGAGAUUGAAAUGAAUUGAAUCAUAAGCAAUCUCAGAGCCCUCUCUCCGAUUCGAGAGAGAGAGAGAGAGAGAGAGAGAGAGUGGAUCGUUGAUCCAAUCUAAUGGCUCAGAUCUUCGAGCACUUCGUCGUCUGCGGUAUCGGACCGGAGAUCCGAACCCUCGACGGCGCCAGAGGCUUCCACGGCUUCGCCGAAAUGUACCUGCCGUCUUUGCUCGACCAGUUCCCUCCCGCCAACCACACUCUCUACCCUCCUCCGCCGCCUCAGCUCCCCACCUGUGUGUUGCCGGCUGGCGUUUCGUUCUACUCCUCAGGAUUUGAUUCCAGUGAUGCGACGACGUUUCCACGGAGCUAUCCCAUUGUUCUAACUGAGGGUGAUGGGUCAAAAAUCUACGUUAGUUGCAUUGCUUUCCGGGAUCCGGUCAGUGAGGAUAUUGCUGAAGCUUAUUGUAUACCGGCAAAUUCGUUUGCUGACAAAUGUAUCUGUCUAGUUUCGCGGUCACCUAGUCUCCGUUUACUUAAAAAUGUACUGGAGGAGUUGUUUGCACUGUGUUUUUCCUCUAGUGGAAGCAGCAAACCAUUAUGGGAUAUUAUUGCGUCUAUGGUAUCCAAUGUACCUCUGCCUACUCCUGGAAAAGAUCGAGUUUUGUUUGCUAUUGACAAUUGUCUGCUUUCUGUGGAGACUCCACCGAAGGAUGGGCUCCCUUAUGUUGAUAUAUCAUUUCAGCCGUUGGUACAGUGUCUAGAUGUUGACAACUUAAUUAAAUUUUUCACAGCCGUGCUGCUUGAAAGGAGGAUUUUGAUCCGAUCACACAAAUAUUCACUUUUGACCCUUGCAUCAGAAGCCAUUUGCUAUUUAAUUUAUCCAUUUCGGUGGCAGCAAGUCUACAUUCCGUUACUCUUUUUCAGUGGAGUAGACUAUAUUGAUGCCCCUACGCCGUAUAUGAUGGGUCUUCAUUCUGGUGUUGAUACAUCUACUCUAGCAAUGGAUGGUGUAGUUAUUGUGGACCUUGAGUUCAAUCGUAUCACAACAACAGAAGAUAUACCUUCUAUUCCUGAGCCAGAACUAAGCUGUUUGCGUCAGGAAAUAACGCAGCUAUUGUAUCCCAAUGUUGUGGGGAUAGAUCUGAUGAAGGAUGCUCUUUUCAGUUCAUCCGAGCAAUAUCCUAAACUUGGCAACAAACCUUGGGGAGAGGAUCAUGACCUACAACUUAGGCUAGUGUUCUUAAAGUUCUUUGCAUCACUUUUAAGUGGCUAUCGGAACUUCAUAGAACUUUCUGCUACUCACGUCUUCAAUGUUCAAGCAUUCUUGAAGAUGCGCUCUCGGUCAACUCAGCAACCCCCAGAACCCAUGUUGACACAAUUUUUGGAAUCACAUGGUUUCAUGGAUUAUCUGGAAAGAGGUUUGGGUUCUGAUGAAAACAACAAUAAUCUACUUGACAAGUUACAAGAUGCACUGGGAAGGGGACAAAAUCCUAUUUCAAUUCUUCCUUCAAAUUCAGUUGAGCCUGAGAUUAUAACAAUUGCGGAUACAGAUGUGGGAACAUCAGGGUCAGGUGGUACAUACACUUAUGACAGGUUUCCCUCAAACAUUAGGACAGAAGAGGAAGAAGAAAAGAGGAAGCAAAUUCUUGCUGCAGCAAGUGGUUUAUCUGCUAGCUCACCUUCUGUCCUUCCUGGUAAAGACCCCAAAUCUGAAACUCUAACUCCAUUGGAGCGGGCUGCUGAAAGGGAAUGUAUGGUUUUGGACAUAAAAGUUAAGCUGCAGGGUCUGUGGCUGCGUCUUCUAAAACUGGGACCUACUGAUGAUCCUCUCUCUUCAUUUGAAUAUGGAACAAUCCUUGCUUUAAUUGAAUCUGAUGCAGAAGGAAUUGGUGGCAGUGGGUUUGUUGAAUGUAUAAGGGAGCACAUAAAUUCGGGAUGGCACUGUCAGUUGACUGAAGAACAAUUCAUCGCUGUGAAGGAACUGCUGAAAACAGCUAUCAGUCGUGCAACGUCCAGAAAUGAUUGGAUGACCAUCAGAGAUGCCCUUGAAGUGUCUGCUGAAAUGUUUAAGAAGGAUGGAAAUAAUGUUUCAGAUUAUGUUCAGCGUCAUCUUAUAUCUUUGUCCAUUUGGGAGGAAUUACGUUUCUGGGAAAGCUACUUUGACUGUCUAAUGGAACGGUCUUCAAACAAGUCGGCCAACUAUGCCUCUUUGGUGACUGAUCAGCUAUCUUUGGUGGAAUUACACAUGGCUGGACUAGGACUUCCUGAUCUUGAUGCAUGGUACAUGAUUGAAACAAUAGCUGAGAAGAACAACAUUGGAUACACACAAUUUAUAAAGCUGAGGGGGUUAUUGUCGCAUGUUCAACAACUACGAAUUGGUUACUGGGGAAUCAGUUCUUUCAAGGCCCAAUCCAUGUCUCAUGGAUUAGCAUCUCCACGUUCAAAAGAUGCCGCAGUUGAGAGUCAGCAACCUGCCGAGGCCUCCGGUGUUGGGAGGAGCUGGGUUCAGAGCAUGUUCAGCAGGGAUAAUUCAACCAGAUUAAACUCUUUCAGUCGUGUUCGCAAAUGGACUUCUGAUGGUGGCUCUUCAGCUACAAAUGAAAAUGGGACAUCUCGUAAACGAGAAUUAUCUGCAGCUGGACAGAAGAAAACCCAAACCAAUGUUCGAGUACUUAGAGGCCAUACUGGUCCUAUCACUGCUCUACAUUGUGUAACAAGGAGGGAAGUUUGGGAUCUAGUGGGUGACCGUGAAGACGCAGGUUUUUUCAUCAGUGGGAGCACAGACUGCACAGUUAAGAUCUGGGAUCCUAGUUUUCGUGGUAACGAACUCCGGGCAACCCUGAAAGGACACACAAGAACCAUCCGUGCAAUAAGUUCGGAUCGAGGAAAGGUGGUAUCUGGAUCAGAUGAUCAAUCUGUUUUAGUAUGGGAUAAGCAAACUACUCAGCUUCUAGAAGAGUUGAAAGGCCAUGAUGCACAGAUUAGCUGUGCUCGCAUGCUGUCAGGGGAACGUGUCCUUACUGCUGCUCAUGAUGGAACUGUUAAAAUGUGGGAUGUUAGAACUGAUACUUGUGUGGCAACUGUUGGUCGUUGCUCUAGUGCCGUCCUAUGCAUGGAAUAUGAUGACUCCACAGGAAUCCUAGCUGCUGGUGGUAGAGAUGCCAUUGCUAACAUUUGGGACAUUCGUGCCGGUAGGCAAAUGCACAAGCUUCUAGGGCACACAAAAUGGAUCCGGUCAAUUAGAAUGGUGGGGGACACAGUGGUUACUGGUAGUGACGAUUGGACUGCAAGAAUGUGGUCCAUUUCCAGAGGAACAUGUGAUGCUGUUCUUGCAUGCCAUGCUGGCCCAAUAUUAUCCGUUGAGUACUCCACACUUGACAGAGGAAUAAUCACAGGUUCAACGGAUGGCUUACUUCGCUUUUGGGAAAAUGUGGAAGGAGGUAUAAGAUGUGUAAAAAAUGUUACUGUUCACACUGCUGCUAUAUUGUCCAUCAAUGCUGCGGAACAUUGGUUAGGAAUCGGAGCAGCUGAUAAUUCCAUGUCUCUUUUUCAUCGGCCUCAAGAGAAACUUGGCGGCUUCUCUAGUACGGGAUCAAAAAUGGCUGGGUGGCAACUAUACCGAACACCACAAAGAACAGCUGCUGUGGUAAGAUGCGUUGCUACAGACCUUGAGAGAAAAAGGAUAUGCAGUGGUGAUCGCAAGGGCCAGCUUCGGCUAUGGGAAGCCACCAUAAACAUCUAAGUCUUGCAUUUGUGUAUUUUGUUUGAAUAUGAAUAGUGAAUGUCAUAGGUAAUUUUGAAAACAAAAAAACAAUAUGUGGAAAUAGAUCAAAGUUGUCUGGUUGUACCUACUUACGGAAUUUCCAAAAACGGAAGAACAAGGGGGCAAUGUUGCCCCCUGUACUGUUGUAUAUGAAUGGUGUAUUCUUGCUUGAUAGUGUAUAUUCAUGUCAGUAUGAUAUCUUUCAUUCC